GGCGAAGACCGAUUAUUAUGCCGCGACAAUACCAACCUUCGUCGAAAGAAUAAGCAAUGUACAACGAAAUAGGAAAACAAUGAAUGGUGCUUCAUUCCGGCACAAUGGCGUUAUUAUAUAUUGGGGGGAGAACUUGGAUGGCGAUCAACUAUCAUGAUCCAUCUGGCACACAAGCACGACUCGCAGCUCCUAUUGUGUUCUAUGGGUUGUCGAUGUGUGGAGCUUUUGAGCUUUGUACCAAAAUAUCAUCCAAUUAUACCCAACAUUCUCCUUCUCCAUUUUCAACCUCCACGUCAGCCAUAUAUAUACUUUUUCGUGUGCUCUCACACAGACAGCGUUUUAUUGAUUUUGUUCUCUGGAUUUGGAACUUCUCUUUGGGCUGCUUUCGUCGUCGCCGUGCCUUCAGUCUGGGGUAGCUGUCACCUGGUUCUCUUUUGCAAGCUCUCACCACAGUUAGCAUCGCAACAUCGAAUAUCAAAAGUGUUAGAUGGUCUCAGCAGUUCAUGGCCUGUGGAUAUUUCUGACCGCUCUUACUCACCCCAUAGUAUACCUUCGGCGACGCGAAAAUCCUGCAAGAUAUCGAUAAUCUCCUGCAUGCACGGUUAGAUAGCAGAUCUGGCGACAUAGAGUUUCCGUAGGGUUCUUUUAUCCCGUUGCCGCCUUCUCGGCCCCUGCCAAGAACUCAAACAAGUGACAAGGACCUGCUUGACGACUCCUACAUAAGCGGACCCUGUUGUGACACCACAUCUACCAAAUUGUCGAAUCAAUCUUCUCGCCUUUCUCAUCUAUUGAUUGAGCCGCAGUAUCCACCAAGAUGCGUCAAUGCUAGACGUGCAACAGAAAACGCGCUGCAGAAACAACAUCAUGAG